AACAUUAUUCACAGAUGCCACGCCUGCGUGUAGGGUUGUUGUCCCUUUGGGUCUCAACCAGGAAGAAUUUCUGCAGGUUCUGCGAGAAUCCAUUCCCGAUAUACCACAGGAGUUUGAACUGUGCAGAGUGACGGGGCAGAGACAGAUUGUGCCAUUGGUGGAGCAGACACCAAGUGAUAUAAAAGCCAGAAAUGCUCUGGGGCGCUCUAAUCUGUAUCUGCGUCCAAAGAUUACUGAUUCAAGUGGAACUGCACCUAAUCAAUCUGUCAACCACGUAAUGGCAAGCACUGUAGCAGACCACAUUCCACAAAUAAGCUUGGGUAGCCAUCAGCCAAAUCCAGAGGUUGACAGGGAUGACUUCUACACACAAUCGGACUUUUCCGACAUGGAGGACACACUAAUGGACUCUCUGGAUGUCGAUGAUUCUAAUGAUGACGUUGAACUUUCUUCAGCACUAAAAGACUUCCAGGUCUCCAAUUUGGAUGAUGAGAUGUCAUUUACUGUGAUUGCACGACGCAGACAUAUAUUAAAGAGUGCAGUAAUGGCAUUAGCAAAGCCCUACUUUGCGUGGAACAAGGUGCCUAAUGUAGAAUUUGUAGGGGAGAUGGCAGAUGAUUAUGGUGGGCCAAGAAGAGAGUUUUUCCGUCUACUCAUGAUUGACCUCCAGACCUCCAUGGGGGUUUUGGAAGGACAACCUGGAAACUCGCUUUUUACUUACAGCCAAGAACUUCUGUCCAGUAAAAAGUAUUAUGCAGCAGGGAAGAUGUGUGCUUGGUCCAUCAUGCACAAUGGGCCAGGACCACGAUGUCUCAAUCGCCACCUGUAUCUUUUAAUGUGUGGCCAGGACCCAGAGCUGGAGGGAGUCAGCCUUGAGAUCUUCUUUGACCAGGACCUCAAAUCAAGAAUAGAAAAAGUUGCCAACUGCAGCACUCCCCAAGACCUCGAGGAGGUCAAAGAAAGCCUUGGCGACUGGAUAGCGGGCUGUGGAGCCCCACAUAUCUACACAGCUACACUGGAUGACAUGACACGGAUAAAAAAUGAGUUGGUUGCUCAUUUUCUGUUCCACCGGGUUGCAAGUGUUGUCCAGCAGUUUAUUGCUGGAAUGGAUGCAUGUGGCCAGUUUUGGCAAAUGGUGAAGAGGUUUUGGAAGCAGUUCCUUCCUGUCUUUACGAACACGGGACAAAAACUCACAAGGAACAUCUUCCAAAACCUCUUCACCAUUGCCUGGAGUCCUCUGGGGAGCAACCGUCGUGAUGCUGAGGAGGAAACCAUCUUCUUGUGGGAGUGGUGGCUCAUGGCGAUUCAAGAGCAAGAGGUGGACCUUACAUUCGAGGAAGUACUCGUCUUUGUGAGUGGAGCCGACUGUCUGCCCCCGUUAGGCUUCUCCCAGGGGUGCACAGUUGAAUUCUUUGACCAAGAAGUAGGAACGCGGCGCCUGCCCUAUGCAUCCACGUGUAGCCUGUCCAUCUUCCUUCCAAGGGGAGUCAAGGAAGAAGCAGAUUUUAGAGAACUGAUGGACACCGCCCUGAGGGGUUCAUUGGGAUUUGGGAAGGUGUAGGUCAGGGCUGCUUGACGUAGUCCGUUAUCUCCCCUCCAAACCCAACAGGACACACACACAGGUG